AUGCCUCACAAACACAAGCGCGUAGAAGAUUACGACUCCGAAUUCAACCUCCCUCCCACAGUCCACGCCGCACCCCUCGCUGUCGGAAAAGCGCGCACAUUUAGCACUGCGCCCAAGGGCAAGAAGAGAAAGAUCACACAGAUCGAAGGCUAUGGCGCAGAUGACACGCCCAAGUCCUUCCAGCGGCUCAUGGCCUUCUCCAAAGGCGGGCCCAAGAAGCGCUCUGGCCUCGACGACGGCGCGAUAAAGACCAAAAAGCAGAAGAAACAAGAGGCGACCGAAAAUCUGGAAAAGGACGCCGCCAACAAUAAGAGCGAAGAGCAGACGCAAUCAAAAGCUGUCUUGAAGAUACAGCCCGGAGAGUCCAUGGCAGAGUUCCGCGCACGAGUCGACCAAGCUCUGCCAUUAACCGGAAUUGCCAAGUCUACCAAGAAGGUCGAGGGCGUGAGCGACCACAGGGUCACGAAACACGAGCGGAGACUCAAGCGUCUGCAAAAGGGGUGGAGGGAGGAAGAAGCGAGAAUCCGUGAAAAGGAAAUGGAGGAGAAGGAGCUAGCCGAGGAGGAACAAGACGAGCUAGAUGCCAUGUGGGAGGACAAGACUUCCGAUCUUCCAAGCACGAAAACAGUAAACGGCAAAAAGAAGAAGGCCAAGAAGAACAAGCGGAAGCUGCUAGUUGGCGAAGUAGACAAUGGCAGUGAAGAUGAGUGGGAAGCGCUCAAGAAGAAGAGAGGGGAACGGAAGGGCCUACACGAUGUUGUUUCUGCGCCACCAACAUUUGAUAAGGUGCCGAGAGAGAUCUUCAAGGUGAAGAAUGGAGCUGGUGCCAAGGUGGGCAAUGUACCGAACUCGGCGGGCAGUCUGAGGAAGAGGGAGCAGUUGGGCGAGGAGCGCCAAAAAAUGAUUGAAGCAUAUCGCGAGAUGAUGGCUGCGAAGAGAGCGACCUGA